GCGGUUUGUCACGACCACGUUCUAUGGUCACGACGGAACAAAACGAGUCGACCCCACAUUAUUGUAGGAAAACAAGCGCAGAUAGCUAGUUUUCGAUGUGACUUACAGGUGAAGUGAAACAUUUGCCCCUCGGUUUUGACAUGGCAGAGGGAAGCGGGAACGUGAGUGUUGUUGGACCGGCCAACCUUCCUCCGGGAGACCCACAGCUCAUCGGCAUGAUUGUGGAGCAUCUGAAGAACCACGGGCUUUUUGACGAGUUUCGUCGGGACUGUCUGGCCGACGUUGAUACAAAGCCCGCCUACCAGAACCUGCAGCAGAAAGUUGACAACUUCGUCACAUCGCAGCUGAGCACACAGGACUGGAAUCCGUCGAUCAACAAAAACCAGAUGAGGAACGGACUGAGGCAAAGUGUAGUCCAAUCUGGCAUGCUGGAGUCAGGUGUGGACAGAAUCAUUACUCAGGUCGUGGACCCAAAGAUGAACCACACUUUCAGGCCACACAUAGAAACUGCCAUCCAUGACUUCCUGUCAGGAGAAAAGAGAGAGGAGACUCCCGUGAGCGCUAAUUCUGCACCUUCUGAACAGACAGAACCACAGGAGGCGCCAUCUUCUUCAGGCCCUAAAACCCCCUACAUGCCGGGGAGCUUUUCCGCUGUGUUUUUUCUGCUCCUGGUCUGUCAACAGGUGCUGACCAUGGGACUGCAUGGUGUCCAGGAAAAACAAGUGAGCCAGGCCAAGAAACGCCUUUCUCUGCAGAGCACAGCUGAUAUUCAGAGUUGCCUGGUGAGUUCAGGGGAUGUCGGCUGUGGGACGUUUCAGUGUUUCAGCAACAACUCCUGUGAAAUCCAAGGGCUGCACCACAUCUGCCUCACUUUGCUGCACAACGCUGGGCGCUACAACUCACAGGGCAAGUCAUUUGUGAAGGAUGGAUUGCGGUGCAUGGCACUAGGACUACGGCAGCGCUUCAGCUGUGUGAGCCGCCGGUGCUCAGCAGUCAAAGAGAUGGUGUUCUCACUGCAGAGAGAGUGCUACUCCAAACACCAGCUGUGCCUUGCACUACGGGACCACAUGGACACCAUGGGAAGCCUGGUGCAGUUCGACCUGAUGUUUCCGCCAGGACCUUACGUCGAGCUGAUGAACUUUCUGUUGAACUGUGGAGACGAGGUCAGGUCGUGGGUCAGUCAGCGGCUACGCAGACAGUGCGAGCAGCACUGGGGGGCGCUUUGUAGCAGCUUCGGCAGCACCUGCUCUCUCAGCCAAUCGGAUGUUCCGCAGCCCACCACCUCAGGCCCGCCACCAUCCAAUGUGCCCUGGCCUAUCACUGCACAAGGACCCGCGCAGCAGCCAACCACAGUGGCUGAGCAAGACAGGAGUCAGAUCGACAACGCGACUGAAUCUGCUCUCUCUGUGUUUGAUAAAUCCAAAGUCAGUACAUCAUAAACAGACAGAAUGGUUAGUACUAUUAUUUUAGCAAUAAAUCAGUGAAAGAAAAAGAUUAUAACUUAUUUAAUCUAUCUACCUCACUUCAACUUCACAGUAAGUCUGCAUCUUUCAGCAAAGGGCAUAGUCACACAAAUAUACACUACAGGGAAUUACAAGUGCAGCUCAAAGUGGUCUACCUAGAUCAAUGUUUUUGUAUUUAUAAAGAGUGUUAUACAUAUGUAAUUAAAAGUUCUUUUUAAUUGAUGUCAUGCUAACAAUACAGCUUGAAGCCUGGGAUCCAUAUGACAUGUCAUGGCCAAAGUGGAGCCUGUGGUCCAAGGAGGGGGUAGAUAAGACAAUGCACACCGUUUAGAAUCUUCACCAGACCUCACAACUACUAAUCUAACAAGGUUUCUGUCUUUUAUUUUUAGGGAGUUAUUCGUCCCGAGUGUUGUUAUAACUAAAAAUGUGGAAGUUUGAUGUUACAGUAUAACUUUGAAUUGCUCCCCCUGUUAAAGCCACUUCUUAGUUUCUUUUUCAGUUUGUUGUCACACACUGAAGUUGCUGUUCUCUAUUUACAGACAAUGUUUGAGAUAAAGUCUAAAGACAUUGAAAUCUGUUAGCAAAGGACGUGGCUGACAGCGUGAGAAGCGUAUAUCCAUUUAUGUUUAUGUGUUG